UCCAGAAAGUAGUUCCACUCGUUUCACGUCAAAUUGCAAAUAUCAAAAAUAAAUCCAAAUUGUGCCUAUAAAAAUAUUUUAUCGUGCCACUCGAGGACAAGUUCUGCUACUAAUUUGCUUAACGAUGGGCAACCGCGUAUCCAAACAAUUCCAAACGGCACCAGCCGCUGCAUCAGAGCCCAUUGCAGCAGCGCCCGUGGCAGCAGAGUCCGUGAGCAACGCUGCAACGGCCGCUGGUGACAAGAAAACCAAGUGCAGUGCCUGCUGUGCCUGUCCGGAGACCAAGCAGGCACGGGACCAGUGCUUUCUGGAGCACGGCGAAGAGCACUGCCUGGGCGUGAUCGAUGCAUACAAGAAGUGCAUGCUCGAGGCAGGUUUCAAUAUCUAAAGUAGAAACCACAAACUGGCGCCCCUCUCCAAAUGCUUGCGAUAAAUAAAUAAAUUCCCUAUUAAAGAUAAGAAGCAAAAAUAA